AAUGUUCAUAUAUUGAAACUGGAUGUAACUGAUUACAAUUCUUUUGACGCCUUCUAUGCUGAAGUUGAAAAAAUUGUUGGUGAAUCAGGUUUGGACAUAUUGAUAAACAAUGCUGGAAUAUUGAUUCGUACAUCUGUUGAUGAAGUAACACCCGAAGAGUUCAUGAAAAAUUUCGAAGUCAAUGCUGUCGGACCUUACAUGUUAGCCAGAAAAUUAACUCCUCUCAUCAAAGUUUCUCAACGAAAGUUAAUUGUUGCAAUCUCAUCUACCGCUGGAAGUAUUGAAGGUGCAGAUGCAAGCUAUGGAGGCUUUCCUGCUUACAGGGCCAGCAAGGCUGCUCUUAAUAUAAUCACUCGAACCUACGGUGAUCAUGUCAAGAAGGAUGGUAUCAUAAGUGUAAUGUUUUUCCCUGGUGUGGUCAAAACUGACCUAGGUGGACCCGAUGCACCGCUUGAGACAGCUGACAGCGUUGUUAGUAUGAUAAAAACCAUCUCGACUCUUAAUGCUGAAAAUAAUGGUUGCUUCAUUGAUUAUGAAGGAAAGACUGUCCCUUGGUAGACAUUUUUGACUAUGGCUUAGCCGAUAUUUACGCUAUAACCAUGCUCAGCGUUUUUCAAAUACUCAUUUCGUUUGCAGUUUUGUUAUAUUCAAAGAGUUAUUUCGCAAAAAUCAAUGCAAAGUUGUUAAGCAAAGUUUACUAGAAAGUUUUAUUGUUUUUAAUAUUAAAAAUUUAUUCAUUAUUCAA